GCUCUACAACCCAAAACAUUUAUUAUGCCCAUGGAAAGUAAUAUUGUACCUCCACAGACUGUACUAAUUCAUUUUCAAUAAUAAUAUUAUGACCGAACAAUAAUGUCACAAAAUACAUUCAAUUAUAUUAUAAAAUAAACCAAUUAUUAUUUAUUUUACUUGCGAUGAUUGAUCACUGAUGCCGUUCACCGUCGGGUGAUCACUAAAAUAAAAGAAAAAGUCGCAGACACGGAAAAGCUCGGAUCUAGAGAUUCAGUAUUCAAUACUAUGCCAGAAAUGGUGUCAUGGCCUAUGAUAGGUCCUUGUGUUGACGUUGUCGACAAAUUUAAUCUGGGAACACUCACAAGUAUUGAUUUCGAACGGCACCCCUCGCAACUUUUCCUGCACGAGGUCAAACGCCAGCGCCUGCGCUCCCUACAGUAACCCGGCCCUCGGGCCAUUGUCUACGUGACUGUCCGCCGAUCGAACACUAGGGAUUGAGCGAGAAGCACUGUGCGGUCGUACGUCGAGCGGCUGUUUUCGAUUCAUCUCCGUUUAAAAAAGAAAUCAUCCACGUCUUCGUUCAGUCUACGCCAGUCAAACGGAUUUUGCACACAAACGCAUAACGUACAAUCGGGUCGAAGAAAUCAAUAAAAUUACCAUGUCAAUAGCCGAAAAUAAAGAAGAAGAUUUUGUAGGCCAAUUUUUGGUCAACUAUGAAAUACAGGAAUUAGGAGAUGUGCUACGGUUAAACAGGAAACGUGAAUUUAUAUUGAAGCAGAUUGCCAGUGGCUCAAUCGCAAAAUUUACACUUUUUCUUCACAUAAAAGUCGAGGUUCAAAUAUUAGAGUUGAGCAAACAAAGGCUGAGUAUGACAGAAGAGCCCAUUGACGAGGAUCUUAAAACAGACGUGAUUGAUAUUUUGAAGAGUCGUGUAAACGAAUUGUACAACAUGUUGUUUUUGCUAUUUCCUCCGAGCAUCACCAUUUUAAAAAGUUACACUUUGUUUUGCAAGAAAAAUAAACUACUAAACGAAUGCAGUACGACGAUAAAGAUCCUGUUAACGUUGCCGCAACCUAAUCCUGAGUUGUACGAACAUGCUGCUGAAUUCGAAGCAAACUGCAGAAAAAACAUUGAACAGGCUCGACAGUAUUUUGAAGAAGGCAUGCGUGUACAUGGUAACAAGCCCAGAGAGUUACACACUAGUAGAUUUUCGAUGGAGGUGGAAAAUUGUGGUAGAAAUGGGGCCGAUUCCAGUGAAUGUUUGGAGUGUUUCUUUAAAACGAUUAAAUUUUACGAGGACAAACACAUAGUUUUGUUCUGGGAGUUUUUUUUCUGCAGCCUCCGCUUUCCGAAAAUCGAGAAACUACAUGCCGCCAUUGCCGAUGAAAUAAUAAAGAUCUAUAAAAGAUAUGACAACAUUUGGUACACUGUCCAAGAAAACAAAUUUAUCAUGGACGGCAUUGAAACAGAAGUAAAGUAUUUAUUAAAAAAAGAUUCGCUACCUGUAUGGGAAGUAUUGAUUAACUGCAUACGAGAAUGCUACCCGGAUUUGAUUUGGAUGAUGCACCAAAAGGCUGCAUGUUCUCGUGGAAAAAUAGCGAAAUUGUCCAGAUCGAAGAUAUUGGAAAUGUUGUAUCAUGAUAAAGGAUUGAUAAGAUGUCGUAAAGAAUUCAACAAACUUAAAUUGCUAGAACCUUUUAGUGUGGAGUUGUACCAGACCAUUCUUCACUUCGAAGUAAAUUCUAACAUAAUUCAAUGCAAAAACCCUACAAUACCUGAAAGAAUAAGAGAAAGAGAAAGGCAGCUCAAGUCCUUAAGAAGUAUAUAUUCUGAGGCUUGUAGCAAAUUUGGAGAAACCAAUGCGGAAAUUUGGAUGGACUAUAUUCGUUUUGAAAAUGAUUAUGGCGACAAACAAAAUGUCAACAAUCUCUAUGAAGAAUCGAAGAACCAUUUGUCACUUGAGCACAUCCCUACAAUGGAGUCUGAGUUUGAACAGUUUAACACCACCGCAACGGACGACCAGGUACCAUCAGGUUGUAGCAAGAACGACGAAGACAUGAUUCAGGACAUAAUAGAAAUUGAUGAUUAAAUGUUUGCUUUUAUUUUGGCCAAGCAGAGCUAUCGAUGUCUCUUCUAGGGAGGAGGUUUCCUGUCAGUAUUUUACUCAACUAAUUAAGCUAUAUAAUAAUAAUUUAUCCACAUUACGUGCGUUGUGUGAUUUAAUAUAUGUAUUUUGUGUGCAAAUAUGUGUUAAAAUAAAAAUCUAAAACAACUUGACAGAGUAUAGAAUAUUAGUUUAGGUAGUAGAAUUAAAGCCACAUAGAAAAAUCUAUACCAACUUGAUUCUUGUGAAGUUAUCAAGCUUUGUAUGAUUUACUUGAGGAUUUUGUAAUGAGUGAAUUAAUUUCUUUAUUCGUUGUACUUACUUAUCACUUACGAGGUGCCAACUUUAUUAUAUCAAUAUAAAAAGGAUUUUUUUUUCUUUUUCUAAUAAUGUUAUAAGAAAAUACAACUAUUAUAAAUAGAUAUUUCAAAGUAUAAAUAUAUAUGUUUUCAUUAUACGCCUACAUAAAAUGUAACUUGGAGCAAUUGAUGUGCCAUAAUUGGCUACAUUCAUAGUAUAAUAGGGUUUAUUUUAAUAUUGAUUAAUUGUACUGGGAUUAAAGUAUAUGAAUAGAUUGUAUAUAUUUUUCUGCGUUGGCCUGUAUAUUAAAUUUUUUGCUGCACUAAAAGAUAAUUUUAAAUUACUCAACUCAAGUUUUCAU